AUGGGCAUUAAAGGUUUGCAGGGAUUUGUGGCAAGAGUUUGCCCUGAUGCAUGCAGAAUGGUAGAUCUGAGAGAAAUGGCAGAAAACCAUCGCAUCGAUCAUCCUGAUUUCCCACCUGUUAUCGUAGUAGAUGCCAUGAGUUGUGUUAGAUACUGGUACACACCAGAAUCCUGGGUGUGCGGUGGCCAGUGGCGAGAGUACCUUGCCAUUUUAGAGGAUUUUAUUAAAGCUUUUAUGGCAGCUGGCAUCAAGUUGGUGUUUUACUUUGACGGAGUGGUAGAAGAUAAAAAGAGAGAUGAGUGGAUCAAACGAAGGUUGCAGAAUAACAAGGAAAUAGCCAGAAUAUUUCAGUUUAUCAAGACUCACAGGAAGCAACCAGGGAGAGGAAUGUUCGUUGUUCCUUCAGCUUUGCCUACUUUUACACGUUUUGCCCUGAAGUCGCUUGGUCAAAAAACAGUAUGCACAUUGCAAGAGGCAGACUUUGAGGUGGCUGCAUAUGGUUUGCAACAGAACUGCAUAGGAAUUCUCGGGCAAGAUAGCGACUACCUCAUCUAUAAUACAUGCCCCUACUUUUCUAUUGAGAAGCUCCGUUUGGACACACUAGUAACUGUUAUGUACUCUCGAGAAGAUCUUUGCCGUGCCUUGGGCCUUAGUUUGACACACCUCCCUCUCUUUGCUUGCUUGCUUGGCAAUGAUGUUGUUCCGGAAAGCUUGUUGGAAGGCUUUUGGCAUAAAUGUUUAGUCACCAGUCCCCACAAGAAUAACAGCUACAACAGAAGAACAAAUAUACUUCUAGCUGUAGCAAAUUACAUCUCUAAAGUUCCAUGCUCAUACAGCAGCCUAAAACACUUGGAAGAGAUGCUACCGUUGGGAUCAGACAAGACAUUACUUUACAGAGGAGUGGAGUCCUAUCUUUUGCCUGGGCAGCAGUCUCCAUGGAUUCCUCCCAACAUAACAAAUUGCGAAAUGUUCUCCCAUCAGCACCAGACAACUGUGUGUCAAGAUAAGGAAAUCUUUCAGUUAGCUAAAGAACAGCAUAUCCAAUCAGAAAAUUAUACAAUCUUCAAUAUCCUGAGUAAUGGAGAGAUUGAGUGCAGCAACUCUUUGGAAGAUGAAUGUGAUACAGAGAUUCCUGGACAAGCACUUAUCUACCGCCCUGCUCGUCAGCAUAUUUAUUCUGUCUUGUUGGAAUCUGGAAAAGGUGGAGCCUAUCCUUUGGUAAAAGAGUGGUUUGUGUAUUUUGGAAAUCCUCUCCAGCAGCCAGAGCUGAUACAACCUGUAAAACCUUCUAUUCCAGGUGGAACACCUAAUUUGAAAACACUGUGGUUUGCCAAAGGACCUGAUGUGGAAAGGCAACGGUAUAGUACAUUUCUGGCAUGCUUUCACCUUCAGGACGGGAUGGAGGAGCUCCAAGCUCUAGAAGCACCUGUUGCAGCAUUCUGCUGCUUGCUGGCCUAUCUUAUAAUGCAGGUCAGUAGCCUCUCUCUGGAGGACUUAAAUGCAUUUGUGGCGCUCAUUCUCUGCCUCAAAGGGAAGUCAGCUGCUCAACUGGCAGGUUUGCAG